UGUGUGUGUGUGUGUGUGUGUGUGUGUGUGUGUGUAAUAUGGCAUGCGAAAGACAAACUUCAUCAUCUAAAAAGUUUAAUUCAUGGUAGAACGAAUGCAGUACAUUGAUACGAAUGUAACGUGCAACAGAAUUGGAUUUCUUUAUGAGCAUGAAGGAUAUUAUUGUUUGUCAAAAAUGUUUACUAAAUUGAAAAAUAUUAAUAAAUUUAAAAAUACAAGCUUUAAUCAUGUGCAUAUCAGAGAAUAUAAUCGAAAGGGCUCCAAAAUUAAUUAUCCAAGGAGAAUAUUUUCGGCAAUACAACCAAGUGGCAACGUACAUUUGGGUAAUUAUUUUGGUGCUAUACAGAAAUGGGUAGAGCUUCAAAAUAAUGGAGAAGAUGUUCUCUGGAGCAUCGCGGAUCUACAUUCUAUUACUUUAGACCAUGAUCCUAAAAGAUUAUAUGACAAUGUGUUGACAAUGUGCGCAACAUUAUUGGCAUGUGGUAUAAACCCAGAAAAGAGUAUAUUAUUUCAACAAUCUACUGUAGCUAUGCACACUCAGUUAUGCUGGGUUUUAGGAUGUAUAACAACUUUAGCAAGAUUAGCGCAUUUACCUCAGUUUAAAGAAAAAAGUGAAACACUAAAAAAUGUUCCAUUAGGUUUAUACAUUUAUCCUGUUCUACAAGCAGCAGAUAUAUUACUGUAUAGGGCAACUCAUGUUCCAGUUGGGCAAGAUCAAGUUCAACAUAUUCAAUUGGCACAAGAUUUAGCUGCUAUAUUUAACAAAAAAUAUGGCGAUACUUUUCCUAUCCCACAUUCUUUGGUUAAUGAGAAUGCAAGUCAACGUAUUAAGUCUCUAAGAGAUCCUUUGAAAAAGAUGUCAAAAUCAGAUAAGAAUCAGAAGAGUAAAAUCGAUAUAUUAGACGAGCCUGAUAUCCUACUAGAGAAAGUUAAAAAAGCAGUAACAGAUUGUACGUCGGAAGUAACUUACGAACCUGAGAAACGACCAGGUGUCUCAAACUUGGUCAUCAUUCAUUCGAUGCUUACGAGAAAAACACCGGCCCAAGUGUGUUUGGAAGCACAAGGACUAGAUACUGGCAAGUACAAAUUAAUGUUAGCUGAUUUACUCAUACAAGAAUUAACUCCCAUUCGUGAAGAAUUUUCGAGGUUGAUAAAAGAGCAGUCAUAUUUAGAAGAAAUUUUAAGGAAUGGUACAGAUAAAGCGACGGAAAUUGCUAAUGAAUGUUGGAGUCAAGUUCAAAAAUACGUGGGCUUUGAAAAUAAUGAUUUAUCUGUGAAAGAGGAAUACAUGAAGAACGUAAUACAUAAAAUAUAAUGUUUCGCGCAUCAUGUUUAUUGCCACUUGAUCGAAUAAUUAAAUUAAUUUGUAACAUGUUA